UACACAGACGCACGUAGCCAGGUCGAAGCGCGGAUUUGCGGAGGGCGAUUGCAUUGAGCAUUCUGCCGUCUUGUGCCCGUAUGUUGAGAUGGCAAAUGGCAACCGUUCACAAGUCGCGGUGUUCUUCACCAUCCGGUAAACGUAAAUAAACAAGAAGGAAUCGUGGAUAAUAAGAAGAAGGAACGAACGGCAUACAUACACGCUGAUCAGCCUAGGAAACAGCAGCGUUGGUUGGAUUCAAAGCAUAGAUGAAAAAAUGUCCGCGACACUUUCAAACCAGGCUCAGCUGCGCUACGUCGUUCAAUGGUUUCAGGAAUGGUCAGAAAUGCAGCGCGGAGACUUUCUGAGUAUAUUGAUAGAAAAGUGCGGACCGGCAGGAUUGGUCAACGGACUUGUCUCCAGUCUGGACAGUCUGGCGUGCAAAGAGGAUGCGGGCAAACCGCCGAGCCUGUUCGAGUGCCGAGUGAAGCUGUUCAGGGAAUGGAGCCAAAACUGGUCACCUCAGGAGAAAGAGAGUUUGCUCUCUUCCAUAAAGAAUUUAGAUCCAAAAUUUGCCGAGAAAUACGAGGAGAAAGUGGCCAAUGGUGACGAUGCGGAAGAAGACUUUGAGAGAAACGACGAGUAACUUGUUGUCUGUGAUCUGUGCUCAAUUUGUCCAACAGAGGAAGAUCUGACUAGCACUUAUGUAUAAUUUUAGAUAUCAUGUCUUUCGUUCGAUUGUUCGUUAGCAAAACUUGAAAACAAAUAUUGUGACUGAAACUGUUUUAGGUCAAAUGGAAGGGUUCCGUUUUUUUGUAUUGUUGCUAAUAGAGUAAGAAAAGAAUUUACGAAGAAAAAUUAGUGAAAAGUGUAAACCGCAGCUCUCUUCGUAAUCCAAUCGCAACUGCCUUUUCCUAGGCUUGCUAUAUACGUAUACAUUCCAAUUUUUGAAUUAUAUACAUAU